AUGGGAUUGCAGUUGGUGAUGGAGAUGCCGCAAUACAAUGAAUGGCCUGCGAACCUAGUUGUAUUAGCACAUGAAUGGACUGCAGUUAAAGCUCAGAUGGAUUCAGCUGAUAGAUUUGAGGAGAAUGGCUUAGGAUAUUGGUGUUGUGACUGUGAUGCUGCUGCCAUGGCUAGGAUCAAUUAUGCUCUGUACGAAGAGCUUGAUUCGGAAAACAUGGAUCGAACUAGAGAACAACUUACUGGGGUCCCAUAUUACUUCACAGAAGCACAGAUUAGAGAGUUGCUUGAAUCUUUUGGUCCCCUUCGUGGUUUCGAUCUGAGGCAAUUGUUCCAAACCGGAGGUGGUCUAGGUGGUGGUAAUGGAGGUGGCAUUGCUACCAAGGUCGUAUGCCUGACAGAGGUGGUUACUGCAGAUGAGCUUAAAGAUGAUGAAGAGUAUGAAGAUAUUUUGGAAGAUAUGAUGGUAGAAGGUGGAAAAUUUGGUACAUUGAUGAAUAUUGUCAUCCCCUGUCCACAACCUAACGGUGAACCCUCUCUAGGACUUGGAAAGGAACCGAAACUAACUGCUGAGAGGCUAAACUGGAGAGACUUCGACUGUGUAGAUGACCAAGACGCAUAUGCCAUAGAUGAGUGGAAGAGAGGGAGGCAACAUAACUGUGAGCAGCAACUGAAGGAGAAGAGAUGGAAAGAUUUUCUCGAUGAAGUGUUUGCAGCUGGUGACGUAGUUGAAGAGGACGAGCAGCAGUUGGAGCGGCAUAAGUAUUGGCCAGGUAUUGCCAGAGUUCACGAGAAUUUGUCUAGAAUUUGUGCACUGUCCUUAUUCCUUAAGCUGACUCAAAUUUCUUUAGAGGAGAUACAUAAAGUUUGUUUACCACCAAAUAAAACUAUCUUCCAGUCUAUUAAACACAACUUUUCUGAGAUAUUUUUCCCUGAUGACCCUCUUCACAAGUUCAAGAAUCAAAAACCAUCUAAAAAGUUUCUUCUGGGGCUUCAAUAUUUCUUUCCUAUACUUGAAUGGGGGUCUGAGUACAGUUUCAAACUUCUGAAAUCUGACGUUAUCUCUGGUCUCACCAUUGCUAGUUUGGCUAUUCCUCAGGGAAUUAGUUAUGCUAAGUUGGCAAAUUUGCCUCCUCUUUAUGGACUAUAUUCAAGUUUUGUCCCACCAUUGCUGUAUGCAGUUCUUGGAAGUUCAAGACAUUUAGCAGUCGGUCCAGUAUCAAUAGCAUCACUAAUAAUGGGUUCUAUGCUUAAAGGAGUAGUCUCACCAACUGAAGAGCCAACUCUGUAUCUGAAAUUGGCUCUCACUUCUACCUUCUUUGCUGGUGUAUUUCAAACAUCUUUGGGUCUACUUAGGUUGGGUUUCAUAAUCGAUUUCCUGUCGAAGCCGACUUUAACUGGGUUCACAGCUGGGGCAGCAGUUAUUGUUGGUCUACAACAGCUUAAGGGAAUGCUUGGGAUUACUAACUUCACCCCUAAGAUGCAAAUUGUCAAUGUGCUGUUUUCUGUUUUUAGCAACACAAAAGAGUGGUCAUGGCAAACUCUAGUGAUGGGGAUGUGUUUCUUGAUCUUUCUACUGGCAACAAGGCAUAUUAGCAUAAAAAAACCACAUCUCUUUUGGAUUUCGGCAGCCGCUCCAUUAGCCUCGGUAAUUCUGUCAACAGUUUUAGUCUAUGUCUUGAGAGCUCACACUUCAGCCAUUUCAACAAUUGGACAUUUGUCUACUGGUUUGAACCCACCGUCAGCAAACAUGUUAUCUUUCAGUGGAACUCAUCUAGCCCUUGCUGUAAAAACAGGCAUUGUGUCCGGGAUUUUGUCUCUCACUGAAGGUAUUGCAGCUGGGAGGACUUUUGCUUCACUAAGAAAUUAUCAAAUUGAUGGGAAUAAAGAAAUGAUAGCAAUCGGUGUCAUGAAUAUGGCUGGCUCGUGUACUUCAUGCUAUGUAACGACAGGAUCAUUUUCUAGAUCGGCUGUAAACUUCAAUGCUGGAGCACAGACAGCAGUAUCGAACAUAUUUAUGGCAGCAACCGUCAUGAUCACAUUAUUAUUCCUGCUACCGUUGUUUUACUUCACUCCCAAUGUGAUAUUAGCGGCGAUUAUUAUAACUGCUGUUAUUGGGUUGAUCAAUUACCAACAAGUGAUAAAGUUCUGGAGGGUUGAUAAGUUCGACUUCAUGACAUGUUUAAUUGCGUUCUUUGGGGUUAUUUUCCUCUCUGUUCAAAUGGGACUCGCAAUUGCUGUCGGUGUGUCAAUAUUCAAGAUUCUGAUGAAUGUGACGAGACCAACUACAGUGGUGUUGGGAAAUAUUCCUGGGACGCAAAUAUUCCAAAACGUUGGACGUUACGGAGACGCUACAAGGGUUCCAUCAUUCUUGGUACUAGCGAUUGAAUCUCCCAUCUGCUUUGCAAAUUCUGCCUAUCUUCAGGAGAGGAUAUUAAGAUGGGUUAGAGAGGAGGAAGAAAGGAUUUUAGCAAACAAAGAGCAAGAAUUGAAAACCAUAAUCUUGGAUCUCACAGCUGUAACUGCCAUAGACACCAACGGACUUGAAGCAAUAGUUGAAAUCAGAAAGAUGCUCGAUAAACGAUCAUAUAAGUUGGUGUUGGUGAACCCAGUAGGGCAAGUGAUGGAGAAACUGGAAACUUCAAAAACACUGAAACUUUUCGGGGAAAAAGGAUUGUAUCUCACAGUUGGAGAAGCCAUUGCAGAUAUCUCCAAAAGGUUCAAGAUUCAAGUCUAA